CUUUGACCAUAUUCAAAUCGACACAAUCAUUCCACCUUCAACGAAAAAAGACCGCAUAACACUCUACAUAUAUAAACAAUAAUGAAGGCAUCUCUCGCUCUUCUAGCGGCUACUUGUGCCAGCAGCGCUCUAGCAACGUCCCUGAGCGGCAUCGGUCCUAAUAUAGAUGAGCGUGACGUUCUUACUGGAGACUUUAAGCGCACAGGGACCUAUCCAGUAGAAGCCCAAGUUUACCCUAGACGCGAUAUUGAAGAAGAUGGCGACAUAAAUAUUCCGGAUGCAGGACAAGGAAAAGGCAAAGGUGAUGGUAAAGGAAAGGGCGAUGGCAAAGGAAAGGGCGAUGGCAAAGGAAAAGGUGAUGGCAAAGGAAAAGGUGAUGGCAAAGGAAAGGGCGAUGGAAAGGGAAAAGGUGAUGGAAAGGGUAAAGGUGACGGUAAGGGUAAAGGUGACGGUAAGGGUAAAGGCGAUGGAAAGGGUAAAGGAGAUGGGAAAGGGAAGGGGAAGGGGAAGGGGAAGGGGAAGGGGGACGGGAAGGGUGAUGGCAAGGGAAAGGGGAAUGGGAAAAGGACUUAAUCAAUUCUACAUAUAG